UUUCAUCCAGUUCCGCAACACGAGCUACUAUCUCUUCCUCGCAUUGCGACUUCUUCGACAAAUAUGCGACUUCUGCACAGUCUAUCUUGGCUAGCAUUGUCGACUUUGUCGCUCAAAGCGAGUGGCCAGGUAAACGACGAGAUAAUUUCAUGGCCGCUCCAUGAUAACGGCCUGAAUGAGGUGGUACAGUGGGACCAUUAUAGCUUCAAGAUCAAUGGAGAGAGGCUUUUUGUUUUCUCGGGAGAAUUGCAUUAUUGGAGAAUCCCAGUUCCAGAAGUCUGGGAGGAUUUACUGGAGAAAAUCAAAGCUGCCGGCUUUACAAGUUUCGCGUUUUACGGCAACUGGGGAUGGCACAGCGCCAACAACCAGACUCUCGACUUCGAAACCGGCGCGCAUAGGUUUGAACGCCUCCUCGAGAUUGCCAAGCGCGUUGGACUAUAUGUGAUCGUGCGACCAGGCCCAUACGUAAAUGCUGAAGCAAACGCCGGCGGUUUCCCACUCUGGGCGACCACAGGAGCGUAUGGCAAGCUUCGCGACGAUGAUCCCAGAUAUACAGCUGCAUGGACACCAUACUUCUCCAAGUUCUCUGAGAUUACAAGCAAGCAUCUCGUAACGAAUGGUGGAAACGCUUUCGUGUAUCAGAUCGAGAACGAGUAUGGCGAGCAAUGGAAUCGGACUGGUGCGUCUGCCAACGAUCGCAUACCGAAUGAGUAUGCAGGCAAUUAUAUGGCAGCGCUAGAAGACUCUGCGCGAGAAAAUGGGAUCGACAUUCCUCUCAUCCACAACGACCCUAAUAUGAAUACAAAGUCGUGGUCGAAAGAUUUCGCGCCCAAUGCUACGGGCAACGUCGACGUGGCUGGUUUGGACAGCUACCCUUCGUGCUGGAGUUGUAACCUCGACGAGUGCACAGGAACCAAUGGCGAGUAUGUGGCAUAUCAAACUAUCAACUACUAUGAUCACUUCAUAGAAACAUCCAAUACACAGCCUCGAUUCAUGCCCGAGUUUCAAGGGGGCAGUUACAACCCAUGGGGAGGGCCGGAAGGAGGAUGUCCUGGAGAUAUCGGGGCUGACUUCGCCAAUCUCUUCUACAGAGAUCUCAUCUCCCAGCGAGUGACUGCCAUAAGCUUAUACAUGAUGUAUGGCGGCACGAACUGGGGCGCAUUUGCUUGCCCGGUGGUGGCGACCAGCUACGAUUACUCCAGCCCAAUCAGCGAGAGUCGCAAGAUCGAUAGCAAAUACUAUGAAACGAAGAAUCUGGCCAUGUUCACCAGAGUUGCGAAAGACCUCACAGUGACGAAUCGACUUGGCAAUAGCACUUCCUACACCACCAAUUCUGCUGUACAGGCGACUGAACUGCGCAAUCCUGACACGAACGCUGCUUUCUAUGUUUUGAUUCAUGAUCAAUCGUCGUCUUCCACCAGGGAGUCUUUUAAGCUUCACAUGAGCACCUCUGCAGGGAACUUGACCGUUCCUCAGCACGCUGGGUCAAUCUUGCUGAAUGGCCAUCAGUCGAAGAUACUCGUUACCGAUUUCAGUAUCGGUGAACAUGUCUUGACAUAUUCAACAGCAGAAGUUUUGACUUAUGGUAUUAUCGAUGGUGCUCCUGUACUAGUUCUUUGGACAGUUGCUGGUGAGGCCACAGAGUUUCAUGUUCAAGGCGCGGCCAAAGGAACUGUGCAAGGAUCGGCAAACGCGACUUUCUACGCUGAACUUAAUGGUACUACCACUUCAAUUGCAGCAGUCCAUGGUUCUACUGUUAUUGGAUUCGACAAUGGCGUCAAAGUCGUCGUUGUGGACAAACCAACUGGCUACCUGUUUUGGGCGCCUAACUUGGAUACUGAUCCUUUCGCGCCUGUUGAUAAAUCCGUUUUGGUACAUGGGCCUUACUUGGUUCGCAGCGCAGCAUUGGAGGGCGGAACUCUGGCGUUGAAAGGAGAUCUCAACAAAGACACGGUCAUAGAAGUGUAUGCACCGCAGAAUGCUACCUCGUUCACAUGGAACGGAAAGAGUGUAAACGCGUCUAGAACCACUUACGGUAGCUUGAAAGCCACAGUGAUGGCUCUCAACACUACCAUCAAUGUCCCCUCUUUGUCUUCCUGGAAAGUCAGCGAGGGUCUACCUGAGAAAUAUCCAAACUACACCGAUACUGGCAUUGCUUGGGUGGAAGCCGAUCAUACCACUACUCCCAACCCGACCAAGCCUGACUCUCUACCUGUCUUGUAUGUCGAUGACUACGGUUUCCAUAACAGCUUCCAUCUUUUCCGGGGUUAUUUCGACGGAAAUACCGCCACAGCUGUUCAACUCGCUGUGCAGGGCGGUAUGGCGUUUGGAUGGAGUGCCUGGAUUAACGGCCAAUUCCUCGGUUCCUAUCUCGGCAACUCCACCGUCGGUGUAUCAAAUAUGACACUUCCUCUCUCAGCCAAAACAUUGAACACAAAUGGCACGAAUGUCCUUCUCAUUGCCCAAGACAACACCGGCCACGACCUACGCGCUGCCGCGCUCGACCCGCGUGGUAUUCUUUCAGCUACCCUUGAGGGUCCCGACUCGCCUUCUUUCAAGCAAUGGAAAAUCGCAGGCGAGGCUAACGGCGAGCGCACGCAGCUUGAUCCUGUGCGUGGACCUUUGAGUGAAGGCGGUCUCACCGCUGAGCGUCUGGGCUGGCAUCUACCUGGCUUUGACGACUCUUCCUGGAGUACUAGCAGCCCCUCUGCAGGAUUCACCGGUGCUGGUAUUCAAUUCUAUCGGACAACGUUUUCUUUGGAUGUCCCUGAAAGUAUAGACGCUUCGUUUGCAUUCUUGUUCGAUGCACCAAAAGCAAAGAGUAUAAGGGUGUUGCUUUGGGUCAAUGGAUAUCAAUAUGCGAGGUUUAAUCCCUACGUUGGUAAUGAGAAGAGAUUUCCAGUACCUCCGGGAGUGCUCAACUAUGGAGGAGAGAACACCUUGGGCUUGAGUAUCUGGUCCCAAGAAGGAGACGCUGAUGCUCAGGUUGAAAUAACUAUGGAGACGGAGUACGUGGUGGAGAGUAGUUGGAGUUCGAGAUUCGAAGCUGAAGAGCUCAGGCCUGGAUGGUCGGAAGAAAGAUUGGCGUACGCUUAA